ACGUGUCCGUACUGAUAUGUGAUCUGAUCCAAACCUAUUUAUAUUCUUCGCAGCUUUUUGUUCUGUCUUGACCGCUCCUUCCCAUCCCACCAGAUCUCUGAUUCCUCUGCUCUCAUUUCUCUUCGAUUCGUCGCCAAAUCGUUGCCACCGCCAGCUGCCAAACCCUAGAUUCAAAGACGGUUGAAUUCGAGAGGUAGAGAGAAGAUGGCUACAACGACGACAACGAGUGGUGUGUAUAUCCACGUCAUCGAGGACGUCGUCAGCAAAGUCCGUGAGGAGUUCGUUAACAACGGAGGUCCCGGCGAGAGUGUUCUCUCCGAGCUUCAAGGA